AUGAAGGAGAUGAUGAUGAAUGAUGGCGAUGAUGAUGAUGACGAAAUCGAUGAUGAUGAUGGGAACAACGAGAGCAAUGAGAACGGGAUGUUUGGGCCUUUUCUUAAGGAGCGACGAAGGUCCCGUCGCCAUCGGAGAUUCAGCCGCGCCGAUCAGAUCGUCCGCGGCAGUCGCCUGGCGAAGAUGGCCAUGGGGGAAAAUGAGGUUUUUGAAAAGAGGGACCGCCUCGCUGCCGGAACUGGUAUGGAUCCACCUAAGCGCUUGGAGCCUUCUUCCAGCGAGCGUCGAAGGCCCGCUGAGGCCGCUGCAAAGCCGAGCGGACCCGCCGUCGAAGCCUCUGGGAAAAAGACGCCAAAGACGACUCCUCAGAGUCGCCAGUCUUGA